UUCGACCCAAUCUUUAAAUAACCGUGCGGGAAAGCUUGUGGCUGACAGGUGAAAGAAAGAGAAAGACCCUUUUCUCCUCUUACAAAACACUCCAGAAUACAAACCCUAACACACAGCAGAAAUUCGAAAAGAUAAUUCCAGAAAAUGAGCAACGAAUACGAUUACCUUUUCAAGCUUCUGCUAAUCGGAGAUUCAUCUGUUGGAAAAUCGUGCCUUCUUUUGAGAUUUGCUGAUGAUUCAUAUGUUGAUAGCUACAUCAGUACGAUCGGCGUCGAUUUUAAAAUUAGGACUGUUGAGCUCGAUGGGAAGACAAUCAAGCUGCAGAUUUGGGACACUGCAGGACAAGAACGGUUCAGGACCAUAACCAGCAGUUACUACAGAGGGGCACAUGGAAUCAUAAUUGUCUAUGAUGUUACUGAGAUGGAAAGUUUCAACAAUGUGAAGCAAUGGCUGAGUGAGAUUGACAGAUAUGCAACCGAUAGUGUAUGCAAGCUUCUCGUUGGGAAUAAAUGUGAUCUUGUUGAAAACAAGGUUGUGGACACACAAACAGCAAAGGCACUUGCAGAGGAGCUUGGGAUGCCUUUCCUUGAGACGAGUGCAAAGGACUCAAUUAAUGUGGAACAAGCUUUUGUAACCAUGGUUGGGGAGAUUAAGAAAAGAAUGGGAAAUCAGCCAAGCUCAGACAGAAAUGUGCCGAACACUGUACAGAUGAAGGGGCAGCCAAUCCAGCAGAAUAGCAACUGUUGUGGUUAGCAUUCUUCCUGUUUCUUGUAUUACUACAAUAUGCUGAUCAAACUCAAGACGUAUCGCAAUUAUGUUUACAAUCUGAUGGCGUCUUCUUUACUUCAAACACAUGAGCUGAAAUAUGUCUGCAGAAGUCUUUCUUUUAUGUGACAAAAGUUCCAUA